AUGUCUGGACCAAGCCAUCAAGAAGAAGGAGAGUCUAGUGGAGCGGAUCAAGCGAAAGGGAGAGAAAAAGGCAAAACGAAAGUGGGAGGUGGAUCCUCUGGAGAAAAUCAAGAAGCAGAAGCUGAGAAGGUCAAGCCAUACCCAUACCGCAGAAUGGUGACCAGGAAGAGAGACGCCACGAUCAACGUGGCGAGUAUGUUCAAAGAUGUGGAAGUCAAGGUGCUGCUUUUGACGGCGUUAAAGAUGCCCCCGAUCAGUAAAUUCAUCAAGGACUACAUGGCGGGAAAAGUCAAAGAGGAAGGGAGAUUAAUUAUAGAGGAGAAGGUCUCUGCCGUGAUCCAUCGGAACGACCUUCCCUCAAAGAAGACUGAUCCGGGAAUGUUCACGCUCCCGAUUUCAAUCGGAGAUAUUCAAGUGGAGCACGCCAUGAGCGAUUUGGGGGCGUCUAUCAAUUUGGCUGACAGAUCGUGUAUUCACCCAGAGGGAAUUCUAGAAGACGUGAUCGUGAAGGUGAAUAACUUUCUGUACCUAGCCGAUUUUUUAAUCAUCAAGAUGACAGAGCCAGCAGCAAGGGAGUCGAGUGGAGUCCUACUGGGAAGGCCGUUCCUGUCCACAGCCAGCACAAUAAUUGACGUCCGUAAUGGGACGAUCAGCUUGGAUUUCAAUGGAGAGCAGUUCAAGUUCAACAUUAAUGAAGCUAUGAAGAGACCCGCAAAUAGUGAGAACGUGUACUCAGUAGAUAUGACUGAGCCACUAGUGCAGGGGUAUUUGGAGGAAGAAUUCCUACAGAGGCAGUUCACUGACUCCGCUGCAGAUGAAGAAGUCGCACAGUGGUAUGAAACCAUGAGAGUCGGUGAAAUGGAUGAUCAAGCCAUCGCGAAAGCGAUGAUGGAUUUCUGCGAGCGCCCGCGACCAGCUGGGUCCUAG